AUGGCUAUCACCAUUCUUCGGCCGGUCGUGGAUGAUAUAGAUAUCUCCCGGCCAGACUCCCAAAUUGAUUCCAUGUCUGUGGACUCAGACGGGGGAGUCGAUCUAGCUACAGGUAGAAGUUCACGACCAAGCAAACGACCCCGUCUACUUGAAGGAACGUCAAUUGGCGCAGGGAUUGUCACGCCGGGCGAGGUGGUGACGGACGAUCCGCAGUGGAUGAGAGGACACGGCACUUACUCGAAUCCUCUCUCGACCUCGAUCAUCGCCACCGUUGCGGGAAAUGUCCAAAAAACGAAUAAAUUGCUCUCUGUCCAGCCUCUUCGAGCUCGUUAUACCCCGGAGAUUGGUGAUCUUGUGGUGGGGCGCAUUGUCGAGGUUCAGUCGCGACGAUGGAAGGUCGAUGUGGCCGCACCCCUCCUGGCACAGCUCCCUCUUUCCGCGAUCAAUCUGCCAGGCGGUAUCCUGCGUCGGCGAACGAGUGCAGAUGAGCUGCAGAUCCGAACGUUCUUCAGUGAAGGGGACUUGGUGGUCGCGGAGGUUCAGACUGUGCACUCGGACGGUGCGGCGUCACUGCAUACACGAUCCCUGAAAUACGGUAAGCUCCGAAACGGCGUCUUCCUCGCUGUGACGGGAACCGGCGGUAGUGGCGCAUCGAGUUCGACCGCGAAGGGCGGCAUUGGGUCCGGCGCUGCGGUGGCGGGUGUAACAGGCACUGGCGGAGUGGUUCGGUCCCGGAGACAGGUAUGGACUCUCAGCACCGCCAAUGGAGGUGGCGAUGUGGAUGUCAUACUCGGAGUGAACGGCUACAUUUGGAUUUCGAAGCACACAGACGGGACUGGCGCUGCAUCGUCCACAACAGAAAGUGUGUCGAUCACGCGCAUGGAAGAAAUGGUGUCGAGCUCUAUCUACUCCAGCCAGAACGAUGAAAUCCCACCGCAGACGCGACGCGAAAUUGCACGACUGGCACAGUGCAUCCGAGUCCUUGUGCAGGGAGGAGUACGGGUGGACGAGGAAACGGUGAUGGGGGCCUACGAAGCUAGCUUGCAGGUGGAUUUGGAGAUUGGGGAUGAUUAUGAAGAUGACAAUGAUGAUGACCAUAAGGGAGAAGGCAGGGCUUACUUGGAGGGAAGCAAAUCUCGAAGGAUACUAGAGUUGGUGUUGGAACGACAGUGA